AUGGCUUCUAUACUUGCACUUCGGUUUCUUUCUUUUGUCCUUUUCUUCUUUAUGGAUGGCCAUAGCAUCGGUGCCAGAGAUCUGAAGGUUGAGCUUGGAGAUCAUAAACAAGUGGAUUCGUACGGAGCCACACCAAUAUCCGGAGAUGAGCCUUAUCAAGCCAGCUAUAAAUCUGUUUCCCAAGCAGGUUAUGAAUCUAUUUCCCAAGCAGGCUAUGGUGGCUCUGGCCAUAAAUCGGUUUCCCAAGCAGGCUAUGGAUCUGUUUCCCAAGCAAGCUAUGGCGACUCUGGCUAUAAAUCUGUUUCCCAAGCAGGCUAUGGCGGCUCUGGCCAUAAAUCUGUUUCCCAAGCAGGCUAUGGCGGUUCUGGCUAUAAAUCUGCUUAUAAAUCUGUUUCCCAAGCAGGCUAUGGAUCUGUUUCCCAAGCAGGCUAUGGCAGCUCUGGCCAUAAAUCCGUUUCCCAAGCAGGCUAUGGCGGUUCUGGCUAUAAAUCUGCUUAUAAAUCUGUUUCCCAAGCAGGCUAUGGAUCUGUUUCCCAAGCAGGCUAUGGCAGCUCUGGCCAUAAAUCUGUUUCCCAAACCGGCGGCUAUGGUGCAUCUGGCUAUAAAUUUGUUUCCCAAGCAGGCUAUGGUGGCUCUGGCAAUAAACAGAUUUCCCAUGAACCCAAUCAAGCUUACUUAGCAAGCUAUAAAUCUGUUUCCCAAGAACCCAAUCAACCUUAUAUAGCAGCCUAUGAAUCUGUUUCCCAUGAACCCAAUCAACCUUACAGAGCAUCCUAUAACACUGUUUCCCAAGACUCCGACCAACAUGUUUUUUAUGCCAAAAAAGCUCCAAAAGAGUCUGCCCAUGAUUCCACUGAGCAAUACAUAACUCAAUAUGGUGACAAGAAAAGCUCUCCAAAAGAGUCUACACAUGCUUCCACUGAGCAAUACUUAACUCAAUACGGUUACAAAAAAGCUUCAAAAGAGUCUGUCCAUGAUUCCACUGAGCAAUACAUAACUCAAUAUGGUGACAAGAAAAGCUCUCCAAAAGAGUUUACAGAUGCUUCCACUGAGCAAUACGUAACUCAAUAUGGUUACAAAAAAGCUCCAAAAGAGUCUGCCCAUGAUUCCACUAACCAAUACAUAACUGAAUAUGGUGACAAGAAAAGCUCUCCAAAAGAGUCUACACAUGCUUCCACUGAGCAAUACGUAACUCAAUAUGGUUACAAAAAAGCUUCAAAAGAGUCUGCUCAUGAUUCCACCGAGCAAUAUAUAACUCAAUAUGGUGACAAGAAAAGCUUUCCAAAAGACUCUCCAAAAGAAUCUGUGGAGCCAUCUUCCAAGGUGGACCAUACAGAGGCUUUCAAGGCAGGAUUUUUCAGUUUGGAUGAUCUUUAUGUAGGGAAUAUAAUGACACUUCAAUUUCCUAUCCAAGAGAUUUUUCAUUUCCUUCCAAGAAAAGAGGCUGAUUCCAUUCCUUUCUCAUUGUCACAACUCGCAAGUGUUCUUCAACUCUUCUCAAUCUCUGAAGAUUCUCCUCAGGCCAUAUCCAUGAGAGGCACACUUGAACAAUGUGAAGCAGAGCCCAUCACGGGGGAGACCAAGAUCUGUGCUACCUCCUUAGAGUCCAUUCUCGAAUUUGUUGGCACCAUAAUUGGUUCAGAGGCCAAGUACAAUAUUCUCACAACCAGCCACUCCACAACCUCAGGUGUCCCCAUGCAGAAGUUCACCAUUUCGGAAGUAUCACAAGAUAUCGAUGCUCCUAAAUGGGUAGCUUGUCAUCCUCUCCCUUACCCCUAUGCGACUUACUUUUGCCACUUCAUAGCAACUGGGAGUAAGGUGUUCAAGGUCUCACUAAGUGGUGAGAAUGGAGACAAAGUAGAAGCUCUUGGCAUUUGCCAUUUGGAUACAUCUGAUUGGAACCCAAGUCACAUUCUAUUCAAGCAGCUUGGGAUCAAGGCUGGGAAGGAUCCAGUGUGCCACUUCUUCCCUAUAAAACAUCUUAUGUGGGUUCCUGAGCCUUCAAAAGCCACCAUGUGA